UUUAUUAGAGGACCACACAUAACUUUAUAAGCUAUGACUCAUCUUGACCAGAUUUAUGCAUAUGAAGGAAGGAGCAACACAAAAUGAAAUUGCCACAUUAAUGAAUGGAGCCUGGCACCUCCUCGCCCUCCCAUAGAAGAUGCAUGUCGUCCCUUGAAGCUGAGAAACUGCAAACUUGACCGUACGUGGUGCUCGUGCUCCUCCCUCCAUCACUCGGUGAGGCGGGUGGACUCAUGCUCACGUGCACUCGCCGCGCGCCCCCAUUCAGUUGCACAGAGGGUGCGAUACAUAAUUCAGUCCCAGUAAGGGAACACCUCAGUCUGUCCUCUCCUGACGAGCCGCGGGGCUGCAGCCUCCUCACAGACACCGCUGCGGCUGCUUCCUGCUCCGGAGCGGAGCGGAGGAAGGGAGGAUCAACCUUGGAGAAGGACGAAGCAGCCCGGGCUGGUCGGAUGGUUUCAGCCUGUGCAUGACUUCCAGCGGCGGAGGAAGGACAGACCGUCCGCGGUGAGCUUCAGGAGACGUAAACAUUGCCAUGCCCUGCUUCAUGCACCACCUCCUCUGAUCGUCUCCUCCUCCUCCUCUGGGAUCUGUUUUGGGGGAUAACAGCAGAGGAGAGUGAGAACAUAUCGCUGCUGUCGAAGGUAAACAUGUUGGGGAGGUGUUGAAGUUGUGUUUGGGAUAGGAGGCUGCAGCGGGCCACGCUCUGCUCCGGAGGGAGGCAUCCUGCAUCCUGACUGUGUCCGUGCUGUGCGGCCAUGCUGCAGGCAGCAUCCUCAGACCUGUUCCCGACCUGAGCUGCACUCUCUGGGAGCAAGUUUACAAAAGCAGAAAACUACACUUCAACUUCUUGAUGUUUUGGCGUGUUAUCUUGUUUCACUCUCUGCUCUGUGUCACUGGCUGAUGAUGAGUAUUGUUCCUGAGCAGUUUGGGAUCUUAUUGCUCUCAGUGCUUCACACAUCAGCCCCAAACUGCAGAUGUGAUCAGCUGCAGACAUUUUGAUGAGCAAAGCAUCUCAGACAUUAAUCAGACGUGCCUCUGUGGGACCGGCCUUGUUCUUAUCAAAGUUCACGUUAACGCAGCACCAUGGGCGCCAAGCAGACCAAAGGCCAGGAGCCUGGAGGGGCCAGUCCUCAGCACAGCUGGAAGCGAACGCCCACCAAGGAGCGAGGAGACAUCUUGGCCUCCCUCAUGCUGAAGUCAGGGGACCGACUGAGCCGUGGUGGGACGCCGCCGCCCUACCAGCGCCGCAUCGGUAUGAUCCAGGAGAUGAUGCUGAUGGCCAAGCAGGGGAAGCAAGACGAGGCCACGGAGAUGCUGAAGACACUCCGACAGGACCUGGGCAUGGAGUCAACAUCUCUGGAUGACGUGUUGUACCGCUACGCCAGCUUCAGAAACCUGGUUGACCCCAUCACGCAUGACCUGAUUAUCAGCCUGGCACGAUACGUCCACUGCCCCAAGACGGAGGGCGACUCUCUCGGGGCGAUGGAGAAGGUCUGUCGUCAGCUGACCUAUCAUCUCAGCCCCCACUCUCAGUGGAGGAGACAGGGCCUGCUCAAGAGGAAACCUCAGGCCUGUUUGAAGGCAGUGCUGUCGGCCCCUCUGUCCAGCGGAGCAUUGGAUCUCUCCGGUAUCCCUCUGGUGCCUCGGGACAUGGAGCGUCUGUGUGCUCACCUGCAGCGCCACGCGUCCAUCGUGGUCAGUCUGGAGCUGGGCUUCACCGAGCUGACGGACGAGGCGUUCCUCCUGCUCCUGCCCACGCUGGCCGCGCUGCCACACCUGGAGACUCUGGCGCUGAACGGAAACAGGCUGACCAGAGCUGUUCUGAAGGAGCUGACGGACGCCCUGAAGGAUCCCGGCAGUUUCCCCAGCGUGACGUGGAUCGAUCUGGGCAACAACGUGGACAUCUUCUCCCUGCCGCAGCCCUUCCUGGUCAGCCUGAGGAAGCGCUGUCCCAAGCAGGGGAACCUCCCCACCAUCCUUGAGUUCGGAGAGAGUCAGGCCAGCGACCCCCCCGAGAGGCUGAGGGGGCUCGGGGAAGAGGAGGAGACGGACGACACCAACCGGACUGAGAGCAUGGGAGAGCUGCGGUCGGAGGUGGAGGAGGAGCUGGACGGAGAGAUGGAGAUAGAGGAGAUGAUGGAGGAGCUGCUGGACUUUGACAGGGAGGUGCAGGGGAAGGAGGACGAGGACGAGAGCAUGUGGACAGUGGAGGAGCAGAGGAGGCGGGUGAGGAGAGGGGAGGAGAAGAGGGCGGAGAAGGAGGUGCAGAGGAAAGAGCAGCGGCAGGCAAAGAAGGCGGUGAUAGCAGACGAUGACGACGACACACACAGCCUCUCCUCCCACCUGUCAUGCUCCAGCCAGUCACAACACUCCUCCGGGGCCGUUGAGCCAAUGAGAGUGGAGGAGGAUGACUUAGGCGAGGCGACGGACCAAUCGGACCACUUGACCUGA